AUGGCAGAACCCAAGCCGACACCGGCCACACCGGCACUGCCUGCACCGACUCGGAACUCCGCCAUCGACGAGAGCGACUCCGAUGACGGACCUCGGGACGUGGAGAUUGAACUGGAGCUGCCACAGUACAAAAUCGACGAGCUACUGGCGCAGCUUCAAGAUGAAGCCUCCAGCCUCAAGGCGGAGUUCCCGCUGGCGCACGUGGCUGCUGUGUCAGGUUCCAGGCACAGACCUCCCACGAAACAAUUGCCAUCCGCCGUUUCACAGGCUUUUGGUGACUCCGCCGCGCUUAGAAAUGCUGACCAGUGGGAUCCCUUGACGAAGCUUGCACAGUUCAAGCACCUCCAGUCCCGAUAUGCAGCAGUCAAGGAACAGAUGGAGCGAGCGGAGAGUACGAAGCGAAUUUUGCAGCAGGUCCCGUGUGCAGGUGCAUCGACUCCAGUGCAGGAGCCAGGCACAGUGCCAGAACUCACACCACCGGAGUUCCCACCUCCCGGAGGGCUGCCUUUUCCUUACUGUGGCGUCCCAGGUGUGCUGUCACCCCGAGCGAAGCCGCCUCCAGAGCCAAGCAAGGACUUCACAGAUGGGGAUUGGGCCUACGAGGCUGUGAAGGAGAUCAUCCGAGAAGAAGGUCCAUCCGUUCAUACCCGCAUGACCAAAGAGGAAGUCAUGCUUGCGAAGGACGGCAUGGACAUGACGCUGAAUCAUCUUAGGACUACAGGCUCGCGGAUGGUGAAUGAAGUGCGUGAGCUGGAGAGGAAGAUGGAUGAAGCAGAGAACUUGGCUGAGGUAAAAUUCUUGGCUCAGAAUGAGCCAGAACUCCAGGACGAGUUGGUGAGGCAGCAGCGCUUGAUCCACGAGCAGCAAAGGCUAGCAGAUGAGGCUCGGCUGGAGCUGGAGCUAGAGAAGGAGAGAGCCUUCUGGAACAGGAGAGACAAGAUCUUGCAGCCGGAGGAAGUUGAUGACUUCAAACUGGAGGGUGAUCCUAUUCCGUAUCCCGCUGCCGAAGAUGAGCUCAUCGCCGCUUCCCGGGUCACCUCAAACCGGUACCCGGCAAUGCGCCACAUGAUGCCCGAACUUGCACCCGAGGGUGCAGGUCCUAUGUCGCGGUAUCGGCUCGAGCUGCCUGCAUCACGGGAGUAUCACGGCCGAGUGGCAUAUCAGGCAGCAGAGCUUGGUUGGCCAUCUCCAGCCGAAGCUCUGGCCAUCGAAAACCUGGACUCGCCCAAGCACAGGUCCGCUUUGACCGGCCCUGAGCGAACUGAGCGAAGUCCAAUCCGAGAGCCAGAGCCCGGACCCUCACCGCGCUCCCCAGGCUCCCCGAUCCCUCCGGCAGGCGGAUUCUUCGCGGGAUAUCGGGAUCGUGGAUUCGAGACACGUGGGGGUUCCCAACCUCAACUUGACGAUGCUGACGAGCUUGAUGAUCCUGUCUGGGAGGCAGUUGACGUACGAGGAAGGCCUUUGGCACCACAGGUAGGGAAACCGUGGCAGCCGCCCGCGAUUGCCGCCUUUUCCGGAUUUGAUACGCGAGACACCCAGCACUCCCCUGCUCUGGAUGAGCCCCCUGAUGUUUCGGAAGAUGAGUAUCCGGGCAGUUACGUCAAGCCGGCCUUUGCGGCCUUUGCAGGUGAAGCGAGUCGAUCUGCCGUCGAUUUCUUCGGCAGUUCGGAUAGAGAGCUUACCGCAUCGCCUCGACGAGAACCAGAAGAAGAGCAAGAGCAGCAAGAGUUCGAGUCAGAGGAGGAAGAUGAGGAAGAGUACGAAGAGGAGGGCUACUUCGGCUCUUUACUGACAGGUGCUGGCAUAACGGAACGACAGCCGAAAGCCAAAGCUCCCAUUGACCCUUCUGCUCGCUUCAUGGCGGGAGCUUGCAUGACUCGCAAUCCCCCAUUGGAAAUCCCGAAAAUCGAGGACUUGCACACUCAGGGCCUUAAGGCAGUCGACCACAUUUGCGAGGUCUUGCUGCAGAAACGUCAGGAUGGACAGCUCGGCGACCCUGACACGGCGAAGCUCGCUUUGGACUACGUCGUUGCGGUGGCGCUCCUUUCCGAAAAGGUGGUUGCGACAGGCGAUGCCUGGAAACAUGUUGGCAUCAUAACCGACAUUCUUCACUUUUUCCCACUUUGUGCCCACAUUCACCUGUGGUCCUUGGAGGCCUUAAUGUCCAUGCUCCGGCAUGAAGACAAUUUCAAAGCUGACAGUCUGGCUAGACCUGUUUUUGAUUCCGUAACGGAUCUCAUGAAAAUCCAUCUGGAAGAUCGGGCGCUGCGGACAGCCACACCAGAGCUGCCCACCCGACUGCUCGCAAGCAUUGCUCUGGCCAUAACACCGGACAACGUCAGGCGUCUCACGAACACACACGUCGACUUCGCCUUGACCCUCAUGAAAGAACCUGAUGUUUAUCCUCUCACCACGGAGCAUGGCCUGCAGAUCAUUGUGUUGGCGGCCUCGACUCAGAAUCUGCGAGCACAGACCGAAGCAGCUAAGUUUGCGCUUCGGUGCUUUAAGGCUGAGCCUCGACUCGUGCCCAGAGCUCUUCUGGCCCUGAGCACCACAUAUAACGCCGCAGCCAAGGGAGGCUUAGGUGGCACGAUUCUGGUGAAGGAACCUUCUCCAACCGAUGCUAUUGAGCCAGAGUCGGAGCAGGAAGGCAUGGUGCCAAUUGCUUUCCGGGAUAUUACUACGACCAUGGAUGUUUACGCCAAGGAUCGUAAAAUCCAGGGAGCCGGGGCACGGGCAUUGGAGAGUGCCAUGGAGGUCACGAGCGUGAGCUUGAAGGCCUUGGUACGAGAUGGUUUGCUUCGGUCCGUCAGCUUGGCCCAUCAGCGAUUUCCGGAAAGCCGUUCCGUUGCCCUCGCACUUUGCCGUGUCAUAGGCAGGACAAUGCUUCGGGAGCCCGACUUGGUUUCUCCCGAAGUCGGUAUCGCGGCCCUCUCCGCAGGAGCAUCUCUGCCACGCGAUGCUGAGGUGGUCGUGGCAUCUUUGGAAGCUGUUUAUGUGCUUGCUCCGAAGCUCAGGGGCUUGUGGAGUGGCGUCAGUACCGCGGCAGAUCGACUGGCCCUGGUCGCCGGCGAUUUGGUUCGACUUGGCGAGGUGCGCCACAAGGAUUCCCACUCAGUUGGAAUGCUUCUGGUCAUAAUCACAUGCGUGUGCAGCGAUGGCCACGGGCAGAACCCCGGUGGAAUCAGUGGCGAGCGAUGGCGUCUGGCAUUUGGGAGAGCAGCGGGUGUUGCGGUGCCCCUGCGCGCACUUUUUGAACACUCCAAGAACUUGGACAUGGUCACAGCUGCCGGCAUUGCACUUCGCUGCCUGACUUACGGCACGCCUGCUUCCUGUGCACAUGCUGCUAGAGCACGUGCAGGCCCGGUCUUGCUCAGCAGCCUCAUAGCAUACGCCAGCAAGCCGGCAACCACAAGGGAGCUGCUCGCAGCCUUGGCCAACUGUGCGAGUGAGGAUUCACUCCGAGAGGAUUUUAAAAAAGGCCUACCCCAAACAGCCGAAGUCAUUUACAAUGCCAUGGAGCAGUCUGCAGACAGAGAACCCGAUGUUCUGGCGCAAGGUUGCAGGGCUUUUGGGGCAUUGUAUGCCUCUCGCCAGCAAGACGUCAACCUAGGCCUCAAACCUGGUGAGAAGCCGAAGCAGACAUCGGUAGUUCAAUGGGCCAAACUGAACAGCGCCAUCAUGAAAACCGUGAUUGGCAUCACUGUGCAGAACGGGGGUGCAGUUGAAGGCAGCGCGUUGGAAGUUCUCAGCGGCUCGGAGUCUCGUGAACAGAAGCUCGAAUCUACUCGCCGUCAACUUGGGGAGCUUUGCAUGCAUUUAGCAAAUGGCUCCUUAGCUGCAGGGCCCCAGUUUGGCCGGCUUCUAAGCAAGGGCGGAGAGCCCACGGCGGAGUGCACUCCACGCUGGAGCUCCGUCCGUCUGCGCCUACAGGAGAGAGCAGAGCGCCGUAAGGGAGCCACCAGGGAAGAGCCUGCAGAUCAACCUAUGCCACCAGCCAGCGAUGUCGACCUCGACGAUUAG